AUGUCUAAUAGCCCACAAUCUUCAAUCCCUGAAAGCGCACAGGGACUCCUAGAUAUUGGCAAUCAUUGCUCGUUCUGCGAAACUGUCGACUUCUUACCAUUUAAGUGUGAUGACUGCGGUCUUACAUUCUGCUCAAGCCAUCGGCUUCCACACAGUCAUGAGUGCUCACAUGGCCUGGCAACAGAGCGUCAGAGACUUAAAGAUUUAAAAGUCACAAGUACAAUACCCAAACCUACAGGUGCCGGCAGGGCCUUGGGAUCAACCACUAAAGGCCCAGUAACGGGCCCCCAACGCACAGCUGUAGUGCGUCAACAGCUUGCCGAACAGCAGCAGCGUGUACGGGAAAAAGAAACAGCAGCAGAUUCACGGUCAAAAAAUAACUUGGCGGCCCUCGAUAAACUGCGAUCUAUCUGGGGAUCCACUGGAGCAAACAAACCAGUAACUUCAAAUAAACCAGCAGCCACAAAACCUAAGUACACGAUAUCUAAAAAAGAUUCAGCUCCAGCUCCAGCUCCAGCGGGAACACAACAAGCAUCAGCAACUUCCAAGUGGUUUGGAAAACUUAGUGGUGGAAAUACUCUAUCAUCCUCUGGUGGUGCCUCAGCAGCCAAGAUUAGUGCCUCAGCUUUGCUCCAGCUCAAGCGUGAAGCCAAACCACUUGACGCUGCAAGGCCUACGAAUACCGCAAUUAACGGAGCUGCAGGUGCAACUACCAGCGGAACGAUUCCUGGACGGCGGUAUGUCGUUCUUGUUGCGCACGGAAGCGUAGUGGGACCUUAUCAGCCCGAGGCAAGCACAACUGAUACCUCAAAACGUCGCGAAUCUCAUAGCGCUACCGUAUACAUGGCACAUAAUAUUACAGUGGGCAAGGUGGUGGACCGUGCAACAGAUCUUUUGCGGGUGCCGCGAACACGUAAAGACGAUGACGGAACUGAGCAUAGAGCUGCGUUGUUUUUAGAAGGCGAGAUGUUGCCGUACAGCGCAGCGCUUGAUAAAGCAUUGAAUGGGGCUGUUAAAGAUGGCGAUCGGCUAUCCAUUAAGUACGUUUGA